AUGUCGGAUUUGAAAGAUACCAUCGUGACGACCCAUCCGUCGGUGGCUUCAAGCGACCACAGGCGUCCAUCCGAGGCCUCUCGUAACCCGCAUGAUGUGGGGUCGCAAGAUGCAAAUCCUCAGCAAGCCGACUCAAGUUCGGAGGCGGCUCCGGCUGACCAACUGGACAACAAGAAGAAGGGAUUUCUGGCGUACUUCAAGACUAAGGAAUUCUACAUCAUUCUGAUCCUGGGUCAAGUGCUGGCCAUUACAAACACCGCUACCAGUACUUUCAGUACUCUCCUGUCCAAUGAUGGAACCUCUAUCCCAGCUUUCCAGACUUUCUUCAACUAUGUAUUGCUGAAUAUCAUCUUCACGACUUACUCCUUUUAUCGUUACGGUUUCAAGGGCUGGGCCCGAAUGGUCUGGUACCGCGGCUGGAAAUACUUCAUUCUUGCCUUUUGCGACGUGGAGGGAAACUACUUCAUUGUGCUGGCAUACCGUUACACGACCAUGCUGAGUGCCCAGCUGAUCAACUUCUGGGCCAUCGCUGUGGUCGUGAUCAUUUCCUUCAUUUUCCUCCGCGUCCGUUAUCAUAUCUCGCAGAUCCUGGGUAUUCUGAUCUGCAUCGGCGGCAUGGGCGUCUUGAUUGCUUCCGACCACAUCACGGGCACCAACGGCGGCGAUAUCUCUAGCGGUUCUCAAGUCAAGGGGGAUCUAUUUGCUCUGCUUGGUGCCACUUUCUACGGUCUCGCCAAUACCGGAGAGGAGUAUUUCGUCAGCACGGAGCCGGUCUACGAGGUUUUGGGUCAGAUGGCCUUUUGGGGCAUGCUCAUCAACGGCGUGCAGGCUGGCAUCUUCGACCGUGCCUCCUUCCGGUCCGCCACCUGGAACAGCCAGGUCGGCGGGUAUUUGACCGGGUACACACUCUGCUUGAGCUUCUUCUAUUGUCUAGCUCCGCUGCUGUUCCGCCUGUCAUCUGCCGCCUUCUUCAACAUCUCCAUGCUGACAAUGAACUUUUGGGGUGUCGUCAUCGGCAUCGAGGUCUUCCACUAUACCAUCCAUUGGAUGUAUCCCAUUGCAUUUGUUCUCAUCAUCGUCGGCCAGCUCAUUUACUUCCUGGGCCGUCGCGUCCUUGGUGAGGCCCGCAAGCCGUGGCUCGGUCGCAAUCAAGAGCGUGGUGUCUCUGGCCUCUUUACUGCCAAGAGGAAGAUUGAUGCCGCCGCCGCUCAUGGCGAAAUUAAUCCUAAUCCUUCUAAUGAUGAUCCUCGCUCAAAUAAUGCCAGUGCGGUAUAG